AUGGAGGUGGUCCUGCUCCACGGGCUGCUGCUCCUCUUCCUCUUGGCAGCCCUGCUGCUUUACCGGUACAAUGCCACCUUCCACUACUUCUGCAAGGUGGCUUUCUUCAACGGCUGGAUCGUGGCCAUGGCCACCCUCCUGUCCCCAUUUGCAGCUCUUCGGGGACGCUCUGUGGAGAACAUGAAGCUCCUGCGUGCUGUGAUCCUGCCCCUCAAACACUUCUAUGGCAUCAAGAUGCAGGUGUGGGGCUCUGAGCAUCUGAACAUCAAGGAGCCCUACGUGAUAGUUUGCAACCACCAAGCUUCCCUUGACAUCAUGGGCAUGGUGGAGGUCAUUCCUGACCGCUGUGUGCCCAUCGCCAAGAAGGAGCUCAUGUACAUGGGCACGGUGGGGUGGGCCUGCUGGCUCAGUGGCAUCAUCUUCAUCAACCGUCAGAAAAAAGAAGAUGCAAUUGAUGUCAUCUCCCAGACGGCCAGGACCAUGCGCCGUGAAAAUCUGCGAGUGUUGGUUUUCCCUGAAGGCACCAGGAACGAGGCCAAAUCCAUGCUGCCCUUCAAGCGCGGGGCUUUCCACUUGGCCGUGCAGGCUCAGGUUCCCAUUUUCCCCAUCGUGAUCUCCCCAUACCAGGACUUCUUCAGCUCCAAGGAUAAGAAAUUUACCUCUGGGACGUGCACCAUCCGAAUCCUCCCCAAGGUAAAAACUGAGGGCCUGAGCCCAAAGGAUGUCCCUGAACUGACGGAGACUGUCCGCCAGGCCAUGGCCGAUGCCCUCGCUGAGAUGUCUGCAAAUCACUGUGGGGACCAAGGCGCUGAGCAGCCUCUGCUCCUGCGCUGCGCGGGGGCCGGUGCUGGCAGGGGGGCAGGCAGCCUGCAGUGUGAGGAGGACGCAACAAGGAUCAGCAAUUAG